AUGGAGCUCAUCCAGGCCACCCAGCUGCCUCGGGAAGCCCCCACAGCUACCUGGAGCAACAACUCCAUUCCCCUUCACUCCUCGCUCCUCUCCACUCCUUCCCAACCGCUUCUACUCGGCUUCUCUCCGAGCGACGGCCCGUUCCUCUUCAACGGCACCAAACCGGACCCCGGAUCCCUCCCCGGCUUGGCCGGGAUCUUCAUCCCGCUCAUCUACGGGAUAGUGUGCGUUGUCGGCCUCGUGGGCAACACGCUGGUCAUCCACGUCAUCGUCAACUACACCAAGAACGAGUCGGUCACCAACAUCUACAUCCUCAACUUAGCCAUCGCAGACGAGCUCUUCAUGCUGGGCCUGCCCUUCCUGGCGGCGCAGAACGCUCUGCUCUCUUGGCCCUUCGGCUCCUUAAUGUGCCGCGUGGUCAUGACAGUGGACGCCAUCAACCAGUUCACCAGCAUCUUCUGCCUGACCGUGAUGUCGGUGGACCGCUACCUGGCCGUGGUGCACCCCAUCCGCUCCUUCUGGUGGCGGCGCCCCCGCGUGGCCAAGGCCAUCAGUGCCACGGUUUGGGCGGGGUCCUUCGUGGUGGUGCUGCCGGUGGUGGUGUUCGCCGACGUGCUGAAGGAUGACGGGAACUGCAGCAUCGUGUGGCCCGAGCCGGCAGAGGUGUGGAAGACGUCUUUCAUCGUGUACACGUGCACCGUGGGCUUCUUCUGCCCCCUGCUGGUCAUCUGCCUGUGCUACCUGCUGAUCGUCAUCAAGGUGCGCAGCGUUGGAAAACGGGCGCAGGCCACGUCGUCUCGGCGCAGGAAGUCGGAGCGUAAGAUCACCAGGAUGGUGGUCGUGGUGGUGGCGGUGUUCGUCCUCUGCUGGCUGCCGUUCUACGCUCUGAACAUCGUCAACCUCCUGGUGGUGCUGCCCGGCGACUUCAGGGGGCUCUACUUUUUCGUUGUCGUGCUGUCGUACGCGAACAGCUGCGCCAACCCCAUACUGUACGGCUUCCUGUCGGACAACUUCAAGAGGGGCUUCAGGAAGGCCCUGUUCGGCGCCUCGCGUCGGGUGAAGAACAACGACAGGGCGCAGCGGCCGACGGAGGAGUGGGGCGGCAUCGUGCUCCAAGCGCAAAAAAGCGAAGACGACGUGCAACGGAGGGAGCGCGGGGGACAGGAAGAAGAGGAGAUUAAUGGGACGGGAGGGGACGUACGGAUGAGUGAAAUACGCAAAACGUCACAGAACGGAAACCACAGCGGAGCGGCAGAGGGAUCAAGGACUCGUGUGCAGAGAGGGAAACCCGAGCCGGAGCACGAGGAAGGAUCCGGCCGGGAUGCUGCUGAGGAAGCCGGUAAAAGUAGAAACAGCAGGUCACAACCUGAAGAACGGCCGGACAACCAACCGGUGCUGGAGAUCAGUUAUCUGUAA